CGGAUCUCUUCUUCCCCUCCUUUUUCCUUCUCCUCCCUCCCCCUUUCCAGCUCCUCCUCCUCUCCUCCUCCAGCCCUUGUGUGGGACUCCAUUUUCCCAGCCCCAAAGUCUCCAAGGAAGGGGCCGUGGGAGCGCAUAUUCAAGAUGGAAUAGGACCGAGCCUUUUCCUCAACGUCGCCCUUGUGUCGCCGAUCGCAAAAUUAGGAUAUCCGUCUUUUUGUGCGUGUGCGCGCGCGCGCGCGUUGUGUGCGUCUGGACAGUUCGCCUUGUGUUGGAGCCAAGAAUGGAUGAUCAAGGAAGGCUGAUCCAAGCGAGGGGAGCUGUGGGGCUCGCAGGGCACCCCCCAGUACAGGGGGUCCAGAGCAUGACCCCCCACUCUCUCCACGAGCCCACCUCGGAUAACGGAGAACCCCGGAAACAAGACAUUGGCGACAUCCUCCAGCAGAUCAUGACCAUCACCGACCAAAGCUUGGACGAAGCGCAGGCAAAUUUAAACUGCAGGAAACACGCUCUGAAUUGCCACCGCAUGAAACCAGCCUUAUUCACCGUCCUCUGUGAAAUCAAAGAAAAAACAGGACUGAGCAUCAGAAGUUCUCAAGAGGAAGAGCCUGUGGACCCCCAGCUGAUGCGCCUGGAUAAUAUGCUCCUAGCUGAGGGGGUGGCCGGUCCUGAGAAGGGGGGUGGUUCUGCUGCCGCUGCAGCCGCUGCAGCUGCAGCAGGAGGGGUGUCCCCAGAUAACUCCAUUGAGCACUCUGAUUAUCGCAACAAGCUCUCACAGAUCCGCCAGAUCUACCAUUCGGAGCUGGAGAAGUACGAACAGGCCUGCAAUGAGUUCACCACACACGUGAUGAACCUGCUUCGGGAGCAGAGCCGCACACGCCCCGUGUCCCCGAAGGAGAUUGAGCGCAUGGUUAGCAUCAUCCACCGGAAGUUCAGCUCUAUCCAGAUGCAGCUGAAGCAAAGCACGUGUGAGGCCGUCAUGAUCCUGCGCUCCCGCUUCCUCGAUGCUAGGCGGAAGCGGCGCAAUUUCAGCAAACAGGCCACAGAGGUGCUGAAUGAGUACUUCUACUCGCACUUGAGCAACCCAUAUCCCAGCGAGGAGGCCAAGGAGGAGCUUGCCAAGAAAUGUGGCAUCACAGUCUCACAGGUCUCAAACUGGUUCGGGAACAAGCGCAUCCGCUAUAAGAAGAACAUCGGCAAGUUCCAAGAGGAAGCCAAUAUUUACGCCGUGAAAACGGCUGUCAGCGCCGCACAGAGUGGGGGCGACUCCCCCAACACCCCCUCCUCCGCGGGCUCCGGUGGCUCCUUUAAUCUCUCCAGUUCUGGGGAUAUGUUUAUGGGCCUUCAGGGUCUGAAUGGAGACUCCUAUCCGACAUCCCAGGUGGAAUCAAUGCGUCACUCCAUGGGGCCGGGUGGCUAUGGAGACAGUAUGGCUGCUAGCCAGAUGUACAGCCCACGGGAAAUGAGGGCCAACGGAGGCUGGCAGGAAGCAGCCACCCCAUCCUCUGUGACCUCCCCAACAGAAGGUCCUGGUAGCGUCCACUCUGACACCUCCAACUGAUCCUGCUGUGCUGUGCCCCCUCCCCCACUUCACUUACCUCCUGACUUGAGGGAAGAGGAAAAAAUGUCAGUGUUGAACCAGGCAGGGCAGAGAAAUAACUCUUUUCUCUGCCAGGAAAUUACUGCAUCACAGUGCCGGGGAUGGGAUGGGGAGGGAAUCCAAUAUGGCACCGCUUGGAAUUCACAUUGGCCGUGCUUCAGGGGGAAGCUAAUUCAAGAUGCACCCGUUGUGAUUCAAGAUGGUAAUCUUUCCAUGAGCCUGAACGGCACCUGUUAGUAACCAAGAUGCAACUCUAGAAAUGGUGAAGGGGACCCAAUAUGGUGACACAGGUGGGGGGUAGGGGUGGGUGGGCUGGGAUAUCCCAAAUGGCGUAUCUACUUGGAGGGGUUUUGUGGGGGGAUGAGCCAAUGUGGUACCUACAAUGGAUAUCGACUUCUACUGGAUCAGUCUCAUAAAGAACCCCUGCCUGAGAGGAUCCAAGAUAGCAUCAUAAUAUGUAUCAUGGGAUGCAGUUCAAGAUGGAAGCAUAGCUAGAUCUCUCAGCAGUAGGAUGAUCAAAGACAUUUGCCAGAUAUGGCUUGUGUUGGCAUCUCUCCAUGACGGGAUGAUUCCAAGAUAGCAAACUGGUGUCUUCCUUUCAAGAUUAAAUAUGGUGUGUAUAAAAAGGAGAAACAAUCAGAGACGUGGACCCUGUCCGAACCCAAGAUGGCAUCUCCUCCCCUGGUGGUAAUCAAAGGCUGCAUCCCUUGUGAAAUCUUUCUAAGGAAAUAACCACAUAAGCUGGUGCUUUGCCCCAGCCUUGACACAGGAUUAUAUGGAAUCAAGGUAAUAUACCCACACGGGGUGAACAAUCAAACAUGUCUCUUAAUAGGAAUAAUUUCUAUUGGGAGGGCAGUUAAUGUGUGAAGAUGCAAGAUCUAGGGUGGCCACUAUCUCAAAUCUGAAAGAGAAUGUUGGUUUGGAGCAUAGCCUUUGGGGCAAGAGGAGGGCUAGGAUAGUGCUGACUGGUUCCUCUCCAUUAGAUGAAGAGACAGAACUGAAGGUGGUACCUUGUCAGAAGUCAGCGGUGGUGGGUUUUCAGAAUGGCAGAGCGAGGUGCUGGAGGCGGGGAAGUAUGAAAAAGCACAAACUUCUGAUCUCCUCCUGUACAGGACUGGAUGUUUCAGAAUAAGUUGAGGGGAGCCUAGUUUGCCUCAAAUCUUUUAUGCCAUACCAUAACUGCUUUUUUAAAGUGACGAGAGUCCGUUUUCCCCAGUAACAGUAUAUUGGCUGAGUAGAGACAUAACAGGAAAUGAAAGCUUUCACUUUAAGAACAAGACGCAGUUUCACAAUACAUAUGAACUCAGGGAAUUCUUGUUUGUUAAUUAACUAGAGUACACCAGGAUGUUAAACCAGGAUUAAACUGUGGUUUGAUCUCCUGGUUUGUUCCAACUUUAGUUAAAAACCACAGUUCCCCAAAUUUGUCUGUAAUGUGGAAUUGCAGUUUGUUCUUCAUGUGAAAGUUUUCACUCUCCUUUUCUCACAUGCAGGGAGUGGCCUUGUUUUUUUAGCAGGAAACCAUGGUUUUUCAUUAUGUCUGAAGCUGGACAUUGUGUUUGAACACUCUAAUAAUGCAAAUAUCCUUGCAACAGAAAGGCAGUCACAAGGGAAAGCCUGUAGACUGCAUAUAAAAUUACUAACAAGUGUCAUUUUUUAUGUGCUCCCCCUCAAAAAAAACCUGAUUGUGCAGAAAAGCUCUCAGUGCAUACCCCCGUUUGUGCUUCCAUUUUUCCUUCUGCCUGAUUGAGGGCAUCAUGGGAAAAGAGGGUUUGAACAAACCAGAAGCAUGAGUAGUGACCAUUCCAUCUUCAGUGCUUUCCUUCUUUCCCCUCUCCUUGCUAGCACAAAGGGGAUGUAAUUGGUUCUAGAAAAGGUAAUAUGGCUUGAUCCCAGUGUAGGACUUAGUUCAGAGGGCAUUUUAAACCAGAAUUAGGUAGGGUAUUUCCUCUCCCUGGGACAGAAAAAUAGUAUGAGUGUGUAAAUAGUUUGUGUGGAGAGCGGAUGACCUGAAAGGAAGAACUAAGGAGGGAGAUAAAGAAAAUCUAGUGGGGGGUGGGGGGGAGAGAGAUACACAAAAUGGAUCCAAAUGCAUAAGAACAGAUAAUAAUAGAUACAAAAUGGAAGACUCUAUAAGAAUAGAUACUGAAAGUAGGAAGAAAUGAGGAAUAACAUCUGGUAGGAAAGCCGAAAUGAUGGGGAAAUAACCCUACUAAACCUGAUGAAAGGAAAACACUAACCAAGGAAGACAAAGGAAACCUGAGGGCAAGAAUGCUAAAUUAGAGGAUUAAGAAUAAACAAAAAAGAUUAUGGGCCAGAAAAGGGAUUAGAGCAGUAGUGGAAAGGCAUAUACAGAGUGUAAGAGAGACCUGAUAGAAAUGAUUGAUGAACAACAGAAGCUGGAUGGCACCUAGCCAUAAGAAGAAAACGACAUUUGAUCAGAAGAGAGCUGUUGGUGUGAAAACAGAAGAUACCAAAGUAAGACUAAAAGGAGGAAUAUAGAUAAAGGCAAUUGAUCAUGGGAGAAAAUCAAUGAGUGCUUGAAGGAGUGGAGAAAAGGCCCUACUGUGAAAGGCACCAAAGUCGGAGGGAUUCAACCAGUGUGGAUGUUCAGAUGUGACAUGCACAAGAUUUUGGAUGGUGUAAGACCUACUAGGAACAACACAAACCCAUGCAGACAUUCAACUUGCUCCUUCGCUCACAGGAGGGCUUCAUGCUAGUCAGUCCAAUAGCUUUAUUACCUCAUGGCGCGAGAAACCAAUAGAGACUUGGGACAGAGACCUUUUGAACCUGCUACCUCUGUGUUCCCUGGGGGUGGGGAGUACUGUGCUGUGAGACCCCCCCAAACUGCCCCAUUCACCUUGACAGAGGGUGGUGGGGUUUAUUGCCUGACUGGCCAUUUGACUUGUUCUGUUUUUUGCUCUAGAUUUCCUUUGCUUUUAUUAUCAUUAUUAUUUUUCUUCUAUAAAAUUGAAGACAAGCUUUGCCCUGGGAUUCAUUUGGGAAAGGAAGAAAGAACUGAGUGGGGAGGAAGAGUGACCCUCCUCCCAUAUUGUUGCUGGGUAUAUAUAGGAAAUACCACCACACAAAGCUCAAAACACAUUUUGUGAUGGUCUGAUGCAUGAGGAGCUGUUCAAUUCAAUUCACACAGCCAGUUUUUGGUGUGGGAGAAGCUUGAAAUGCAGUCAUGCAUUUAAAAAAAAAAAAUCAGUUAUGUGAAGUGGCCCGUCAGGUAGUUCUAACAGUUUUCACCAUGCCCACAAAAAGAAAAAAGAGGUUUGUCUGUAUGGUGAAAACCAUCCAAACCUUGUUAGAAGUUGCUUCACACAACUAGUCUCAUGGCAGUGCCUCCACACAGUUAUAUUUCAAGCUGUCUUCAUAGUAAUGAGGGAACGGAGCCUCAAUAACUGAUGGCAGUCAUUUUGUUUCUUGGGUUGGAAAUAGGCCAAAUAUGACCCAGUUUUGGAUUAUUGUGCUUUUUUCUUUUUAAAUACCCAGGCCAUAUUGAUUUUAAUAGCCUGUUCCUCAAUAAUUGUUUGUAAUCCUUGAACAAUGGUGCCAUUAUAGAGAGGAUAACUUAACCUGACCAAAUAAGGAAUAGCCUCAGAGCCAAACUUGACAUGAAGUGGGAGAUCCAUGGGCAGGAUCUCCCACAGGUUGGUUUGUUUUUAAUAGCAUGGCAGGGUGGAGCUCAGCACUAGUGGAAGGUUUUUUAGCCCUUUCCUGUGCACUGUUGUGAUUAAAAUAAUUCUCCCUUUACCCAUUGUUAUUUAUCCUGCAGAGGAGAAAAUACCAGUGUUUGUAUUGCCCUUUGGGACAAAUUUAAGAAAGCAUUUUAGUUGGGAAGUGGUCCACGGGUAGGUUAACCUUCUCCCCUAGCACCGCAGCACUGAAAUUUGUGCACACAUCUCACAAUUAUUAACUUGUUAAAAAAUAAACCUCAGGAGAUUUAUCAUGGAACUGCUCCAUCAUGUCUAGCUUGGCCUUAAGAAUAGCAAAGGCUCUGCUGAGACAGAUAAACUGGCUUUCAAAUUAAUGAGCCAGUUGAAUUUGAGGUGUGCCCCCUUCUCCAUAAGCUGUUUUCUUCAUGAGACCCAGGGCUGCUUGUUUGCCUGCAGCAUUCCUGUACCUUUAACAGUUGUGUAACAGGCACAAGUUCAGCAAGGGAAACUCCCCCCCCCCCAUCUGUAUGCCAGGAACAUUUGCACCUACUGACAAUCUUCUUGUCAGGCAGCUAUUAAAGGCUCAGGACCCAUGCCAAGAAGAAGAAGAAAGGCCUCACUGAAGCCACUGCACACAUUUGGAGGUUGCUUUAAAUCAUGCCAUGUGGUGAACUGCUUGUUGCACAUUUUAGGGUCAGCAGAGAGAAAGGAGUACAGAGAUCCCGUAUCUUUAACAGUUGUGUAGAAAGUGAACUUCCACAUGUGCAGCAUCAUGCAAGAGUGAGAAAAGCUGCACUUAUUAAGCUAUCAAAAGUAUAGGAAUAUUUGUAUCUGGUUACUUUAGCAUGCAAGCACCUCAUCAUAUUUACUGUGGAUGAAGAAGGCCACCCAGUUCUAAGAUAAACAACUUCUGAUUUGAAUAUAUAAUGGGCACCAGGAUGGGCAGGAUUGUGUGAGUUAAACCUGAAACAUUUCAGAAUCUGUUGCUUACUGAAUUUUAGUGGCUCUUCUGGUUUAGUAAACACUAAUACUGGUUACAUGACAGAAUACCCCACCUGAUUGGCAAAGUUUCAUCCACAAUUUAUUGAUGUGGAGGUGGUUAUUUAAGACAGAGAUUAUGAGGGUUUGUGUGGCAGGUUAAUAGCAUCAGGUAAAGUCUUCCUCCAACAUGAUAUCUUCAUGAUGGAAAAAGUGUCACCUGUUGAUUUUAACCUGCCACACAGGUUAACCUUGUGCUGAUAUAUUAAAGCAGAUUCUGCAGUAACAUGAUCACAGUUCUUGGUGCAAUAUAGAGGACCUGCCACAUGAGAGCUGAUAAAGAGGACCCUGACUUUCUGAAAAGGAUUCAGAUAAAUGGAGUGAGAGUGGACCGUAAUAAAACCUUAAGGGUAAGUUUGCAGGGGAGGUAAAGAUUUGUAGCCUAUUAUAUAGCUUGAAAAGAUGUAGCAUCAGUUAUAGGUUUCUCACAGCCUUUUGUAAUUGCCCCAAGGAACCCCAAACACAAUACGAUCAUAGUAAUGUGACUGUGCAGUUUCCUCAUGCCAUAAUAGAACACAAAGCACAGGUUUGCCCCACCAUGUCUGUCAGCACUAGUCAUGGGAGCAAAUGGAAAGCUUUUGUUAGCCUUUGUGCCAGAAGUCUGCAAAACUUGCAUCCCCUGACCUGUUCUUGGCUGUAUAUCCAGCCGUGUGUUUGAAAUCCUAAACUGACAACCUUAUUUAAGGGUCCUAUUGUAUAUCCAGUGAAGAAAACCUAUGACCUACAUUGAACAUCCAAUAGGUUAGCUUCAUUUGGAUGAACUUAGGAAGUUGCCUUAUACCAAAUUGGUCCAUCUAACUUAGUUGUGUGACUACAUCUUUGUCCAUUCUGACUGGCAGCAACUCUCCAGGGUUUUAGAUAGAGAUUUACCUGCAGCUAACAGGGAUAGGACCUGGUAACGUCUGAAUGCAAAGCAGAUGCUCUUCCACUGAACUAUGAUCGUUACCCCACCCCACCCUUGCCAUGAAACUGCCUAGUUUAGUUAAAGUCCAUGUAGCUCAGAAUUGUCUAUGCCAGGGAUUCUCAACGUUGGGUCCCCAGAUAUUAUUGGACUUCAACUUCCAUAAUCCCCAGCCCCAGUGGCCUUUGGAUGGGGAUUAUGGGAGCUGAAGUCCAAUAACAUCUGGGGACCCAACGUUGAGAAUCCCUGGUCUAGACUAUCUGGCAGCUCUCCAGGGUUUCAGAUAGGCCUUUCCCUGCUCUGCCUGGAGAUGCCAGGGAUUUAAUAUGGCACCUUCUGCAUGCCUCUGUCCUAUCACUGAGCUAGAGCCCCUGGUGGCGCAGUGGUAAAACUGCCGCCCUGUAACCAGAAGGUUACAAGUUCAAUCCUGACCAGGGGCUCAAGGUUGACUCAGCCUUCCAUCCUUCCAAGGUCGGUAAAAUGAGUACCCAGAAUGUCGGGGGGCAAUAUGCUAAAAAUCAUUGUAAACCGCUUAGAGAGCUCCGGCUAUAGAAUGGUAUAUAAAUGUAAGUGCUAUUGCUAGUCUCUCCUUCAAAUGCACUUAAGAGGCAUGUAGAAACAUGCUGUUGGAGAAAAAAAAGAAUGGGAGCGGGGAAGAGAUUUGGAAAGAUGUACCAGUUGGAAUGGAUAUUCCUAAAUAUCUGGGGAAACUGUGAGGGAAUCCUUAAGUUGUGGAGAGUUGAGGCAAUUACUUAGGGGUGCAUCUACACCAAGUUCUAAUGUCUCAUGGCUUCCUGCCACAAUAAUUCUGGGGAUUGUAAUUUGGGAAAGUUGCUGAGAGUUCUAUUGAAGUCCUUAGUGUCCCCGCUCAAGUUCUGUGGGGAAAGAGAAUGGUACCCAUACAGCCCAAAACAUGUUUAAUUAGACUUGCUGGUUUGAAUAGGUCUAACACCCACCCACCCCCAUAAGUGUGCAUAGCACCACAGCUUUAGAAUUAUUGAAGGGAGGGGAAGGAGUGAUAUGGGAAUGUAAUUUCAAGGGCUUCAAGCAUGAAAGUAGAUCUACCAGACUUUUCAGGACACAUAAUCAUUAUUUCAGGAUAACUAACUUUUAUACUAAUAUCGUGUGCAUAAUAAGGCAAGCUAAUGUGAUAUAAAGGGGGUUCCACUCUUCUCCGUUAAUAUUUAUGGGCAAAGUGGGUGUUUCAGUUCUUAUUUGUGCCCUCAAAUACAGCACCAGAAGGUAGUAGCAAUUCCAAAUUAAAUCCAAGUAAAAGCACGUUCCUUUAUCCAUGCACAUAGCAGGGCUAUCAGAUUCCAUUAUACACAAGGCAUCACGCCCCAGCACGUUUUAAUUGGUUUAAAGAAGGGUUUGAAAGUUCAGCCAUUUUUAUCUAGGAACAGAACAAAGUCCUAAAGGGGGGAAGAGUGCUUGAGUGAGAGAGAGAGAGAGAGAGACACACACACACACGCACAAGUAGCAAAACUGUGUGUUAAUUUUGAAAGAGUAAAACACCAUAGACCAUUUUUUAAAAAAGUACUAGCAAACUGGCUUUAGCCACCCUCAUCAUAAUCUGUACCUCUCAGCCAGGGGCGUAGCUAGGGGAGAGGGGGCCCGUGUUCAUCCCUCUCUCUGCCCCCCCCACCAGAGUGAAGGAGAUCAUGAAGAAAAUAGGGAGAGGUCAGGCUGGAGGGCCCUCAGAAGCUGGGGGCCCAUGUUCUUUGAACCCUUUUGCUCAAUUAUAGCUACGCCCCUGCUCUCAGCUGCUCCUCAUUUAAACACCCCCUUACUAUCCAAAGAUGGCCUCUUCUGGGCCUGAAUAACUGUCUCAGUAACAUGAAGCCAAAGUUCGCUCCUUAGUGUUCUGAAUCUGGCACAAUCAAUUUAAUAUGGAGGGUAGCAUAUUACAGACACCUAUUCCCAGCAAUGGCUGUGCUAGUGGCUUCUAUACCUUUAACAGCUAUGUGCCUAUAGCAGCAACUCAAUAGGCAUCCCCCAACAUCAAGAUGGCAGUGAUGCAGAACAAAGUUUCAUUUGUUAAGACUUUUUUGCAAUUAAAAAGGCACAGAGGGCCUUUUCCAUCCCCACAAGUAGUCUUAGUCUGCAGUUGAGAGACCAGCUCUAAGGCCAGACACAGCAUGGCGAUCCCCACACAACCAGAGAGCCUUGGCAGGCAGGCUUGAGAAGUGAGCUUUAGUUAAGGGGACUAGAUUUAAAAUAUGAUAAGGGGUGGGGAGGGGAAAUAUGAUCACAAUUUCCCUGGAGGUUCCCCCACUCCCCAAAUCUCCCUUUCACUCUUGUACAGGUUUUCUUUUUUUGCCUAUACAAUAAAAAUAUAUUUUUUCCACUGA